CUGACAGUUCAGUAAUUCUCAUCAUCCAAAAAUGCAACAGCUAACACCUUCCCACACUCUCCACCAACACUUCCCUCACGCCCUCCAUUUUUCACUUCUCCGAUCCUCCAAAACCCACCAAGAUACCCAACAGCUCCACGCGUUUUCCCUCAAAACCGGCAUUUUCUCUCACCCUUCAAUCUCUUCUCGCCUCCUUUCUCUCUAUGCCGACCCAGAUAUCAACAACCUCCGCUACGCUCGCUCCGUCUUCGACCAAAUCCAGCUGCCCACGUUGGUUCUCUGGAACAUCAUCAUCAAAUGCUACGUCGAAAACCAACAAUCUUAUGAAGCAAUCUCCUUGUUUGCCCAACUGCUUCAUCAUUUUCCGCCCGAUGAGUUCACGUUUCCUUGCGUGAUAAAGGGAUGUGCUAAGUUAAAUGCUGUAAAUGAAGGGAAACAAAUCCAUGGGUUGGUCUUGAAGCUUGGCUUCGGAUUAGAUAAAUUUACGCAGGGUAGUUUGGUCAAUUUGUAUUCAAAGUGCGGCGAGAUUGGCUGUGCUCACAAAGUGUUUGAUGAAAUGGGUGAAAAAGAUUUGGUUUUAUGGAAUUCUUUGCUUGAUGGGUAUGCGAGGUGUGGGGAAGUUUGCAUUGCGAUGAAGGUGUUUGAGGAAAUGCCUGAGAGGGAUUUUUUUUCGUGGACGGUUUUGAUAGAUGGGUUGGCAAAAUGUGGGGAGGUGGAGACUGCUAGAGAGAUAUUCGAGAAAAUGCCAAAUAGGAAUUUAGUUUCGUGGAAUACUAUGAUUAAUGGGUAUAUGAAGGCUGGAGAUAUUAAUUCCGCUUGUAAAUUAUUUAACCGAAUGCCCAAAAGGAAUUUGAUCACAUGGAAUUCAAUUAUAGGAGGGUUUGAAUCAAAUUUGCACUUUGUGGAAGCUUGGGAGGUGUUUAAGAGAAUGUUGAAGGAGGAAUUUAGGCCUAGUCAUGCAACGUUAGUUAGUAUUAUUUCUGCUGUCUCUGGAUUGGCUAGUCUUGGUAAGGGAAGAUCAAUACAUUCUUAUAUUGUUAAAAAUGGAAUUGAAUUAGAUGGGGUUGUUGGGACAGUGUUAAUCGAAAUGUAUUCUAAGUGUGGGAGUAUUGAUAGUGCUCUAACAGUUUUUCGGACCAUAUCCAACAAGAAGUUGGGGCAUUGGACUGCUAUAAUUGUAGGCUUGAGUAUUCAUGGUAUGGCUGAACAUGCGCUGGAAAUAUUUCUUGAAAUGUGCAGAAUUGGUGUGAAGCCUAAUGCCAUAACUUUUGUAGGUGUGCUUAAUGCUUGUAGUCAUGCAGGGUUGAUCAAUGAUGGUCGUGGAUAUUUUAAUACAAUGAUAAAUGAAUAUGGAAUUAAACCUACUAUAGAACAUUAUGGUUGUUUGGUGGACAUUUUAUGUCGAGCUGGGUAUCUUGAAGAAGCAAAAAAUAUCAUUGAAGGGAUGCCCAGGAGAGCAAACAAAGUAAUUUGGAUGACAUUGCUUAGUGGUGCCAGGAAUCAUGGAAACACAAAGAUAGCAGAAUAUGCUGCUCAUCAUUUGAUUGAACUGGCUCCAGAGACUGUUGGGGGUUAUGUUGUUCUUUCUAAUAUGUAUGCUAUAGCUGGAGAGUGGGACAAAGUUUCUAAAGUAAGAGAAAUGAUGAAAAAGAGGGGAUUGAGAAAAGACCCAGGCUGCAGUUCAAUCGAGCAUAGAGGUGUGGUUCAUGAGUUUGUUGUGGGAGAUAAAUCACAUCCCCAAACAAAAGAACUUUAUUCCAAAUUGAGUGAGAUGGCAGAGAAAUUGAAACUUGCGGGACAUAUUCCUGACACAAGCCAAGUGUUGUUGUACAUUGAAGAGGAGGAAGAGAAGGAAUCUGAACUGGAAAAGCAUAGUGAGAGGUUGGCCAUUGCCUUCGGUCUCAUCAACGUUGAAGCUGGUUCUCCCAUUUGCAUCAUGAAGAACCUUCGUGUUUGUAACGAUUGCCAUUCUGUAACUAAACUGCUCUCUAAAAUCUACAGUCGCGAGAUUAUUGUAAGAGAUAAUAACCGCUUUCAUCAUUUCAAAAAUGGAUUGUGUUCUUGCAAAGAUUUUUGGUGAUUGCCUCAGCUGCUGGCUGACAUUAAUGAUUUUUUCAACAGGACUGAAUGGGAUGAUAACUUUGAGGU